AUGCGAAGCCCUUCACAAUCCUGCUACCUUUGCAAAUACGAGGAAAAUGUUGCAUUUGCGAACACUGUUCCUCGCAAAUAUGCGAGUAAAAGAACGUAUUAUGUACGGGCGCCGGUAAAUUGGGGAAUUCACAUAGUACCAGAGAAGAAGGCGUAUGUUGUGGAGCGGUUUGGGCAAUAUGUGAAAACAUUGACACCUGGACUUCACCUAUUGGUCCCUUUUAUUGAUAGAGUUGCAUAUGCGCAUUCACUCAAGGAAGAGGCUAUUCCCAUACCUGAUCAGACCGCCAUUACCAAGGAUAAUGUCAGCAUUUCGAUUGAUGGUGUCCUCUAUGUCAAGGUUAAUUAA